AUGGCCAACGCUGGCUACACGUCGCCUUUCCCAACCUCACACGACACCAUUGGACAGUCGACUCUAGUAACUCCCCUUUACAUGCCUUCUUCUCCUCCUGCAAAUCACGAGACUAGUCCGACUCCCCCCGAUUCCCCGCUGCGCGCCGAAAGCCCCAUCUCCGAUCACUUCGGGCCCGAAGACGAUGAUGACGAUGAAAUUGAACCUGAACACCAUAAUAAUGACAAGCAAGGCCCAGAAGAUGAAAUACAUCGUCUUUCACACCAUUCAGCUCCAGGGAGUCCAACAGGAUCGGAUUUAGAUGCUCGACUCGCGAACUACACCUUGGACUUCAGCCAAUUUCCUAGCGGUAACUUUGCAGACGGACAAGAUGAGAUCCCGCUUCCAGAUAUGAAAAACGAUAUUGAGGAUGGGCUGUCUGAUGUCGGUGGCCCGGAAGAUUUCACGGCCAAUAUGGAGAAAUACUUGAUGGGAGAAGGCAUGUCGAGUACCCGGAAAUCCCGCACCAACGAGGCCAAUACAUCCCUGAGGCAUUCCUCUUUGCGAUCAAGACAGCCGGUGGUCGAAGAGGAGGCUGAUUCGGUGGAAUACAGCGAGUUUGGCCCACCAGUGGACAUGUCUACUCCAUCGCAUGUCUUGCACCGAACCAGUGCCCUGGCCAAGGAUUCAACUCAACUCGAAGAUAUUGAGGAGGACCCUGCUGACGGGUUACCAAGCCCGGAGUCACCAUCUUCUCGCAGAAUGUCGAAUGGCUGGAGAGAUCAAGCAGAAGAACGAGAAGAACGUUUACAAGAGCGUAUGGCGCAGCUCGAAAAGGAACUCCAUGAUCGAGAUGAACAGCUUCUUAAGAACCGUAGUCGGAUACUAGAGGCAGCCUCGGCGAGUGAACAGAUCCGACAUCUUCAGGCUGAGCUGCAGCUUAAAAAUGAGCAUAUUGCAGCCAUUGAAAUUCAGAGUGGGGAACAAGCGGUGCUCCUUGAGAGGAUUCAGACCCUUGAAAAGCAAGCCGAUGAGCGCGAGAACCUUCUUCGGCAAUCGGCCUCAGCCGCAACCCCUACAGAUAUUGCUCCCCUUGAGCAAAAGAUUCGUGAUAUGCAACAACAGCUGAAGAAUCAAGAAUCACAAAGCUCAUUAGAUGCAGAGAGAUUAGAGACGAUCUCUCACUUGCGACAGCAGCUGAAUCUCACUCAAGAACAGCUGAAAAAGCGAGACGCAACAAUGGAUGAGACACUGGCGAAGUUGAAAGAUGUUACACAUGCCAAAGAGGUGCAUCUUCGUGAAAAGAACGAUGAGAUCGAGCGUCUCAAAUCAGAUCUUGAUGAUAUGGCCCUUGAAAACGAGAAAUUGGAAACGGAAUUGGACAAUGCCAACACAGACUACGAAGCUCUUGAGGACCGCCUGACUAAUCUUGAAACAAAAAAUCAACCCCUGGAAGAGAGAAACCAGUCCCUUGAGGCUGACCUCACUCGCGUACAAUCUCAAGUGGAGGCACAAGAGAGCGCUCUGAAGAGUAUGGCUGCUGACUUGCCCUUCGGUAGCCGUAGCACAUACAGUGAAAUCCUUGAUCUUAUCAAAGACUUAGGCCCUCCGGAGUCCGAGGUCGAACCUGAAUCCCCGACGCAAGAGAAAUUCUCCGCCAGUUCAGAUGUGCAGCAACUACGCGACGAGAUGAAGAAAUUCCAACAAGAAGUGCAAGACGCCUCUAGCGCUCAAAGGGCCGCAGAAGUUGAAGCUAAUUGCCUCCGCGAGCAAGCAACCGAGAUGCAAAACCUCAUUAAAACCAUCGAAUCUGAAAAUCUACGCCUUACAGCCCGGGUGCAAGAGUUGACAACAACUCUGAACCAGACACAGCAUGACUUGACUCGAACACAAGAGGAGCAUGCAGAAUCUCUUGAAACCAUCGCUCGCCUUCAAGAAGAUGCACUCGGUCAGCCUCCUAGCACUCCGCCAUCUCCACCCAAAGCGCACGGCGCUCUUAGCGCAGAACAAAACAACGCUCCAGACACAGCUGCCCUAGAAAAAGCCCACCAAGCCCAGAUCAUGAGCCUUCAGACAGCCCAUUCUACCGCGGUCUCCACCCUCCGCUCCUCACAUGCUGAGUCCAUGCGUAAGAUCCGAAACUCUCUUACUACCGCUGAACAACGCGAAGCCGAGCUUAGAGUCGAACUCACUACGUUACGCACCUCGGUAAACACCCAAGAUACUCAGCUGCGCAGGUCCUUCAAGUCAGAGAUCAAGCGUCUUGAGGCCGUUAUUGCCGCUAAGGACGAGACUGCCGCAGCAAUUGACCAACGUAUCUCUUUAUCGGUAGACAAGCGAGAGCGCGAGUGGGAACGUCGCGUUGAUCUACUCCUCAAGGAGCGAGAUCGCAUGGCCAAAGCAUUGAUGAUGUACUGGGGUGAGAAGGAAAUGGGCCGUGGGCCUGGUGCCUUUGCUGAGGGGAAGGAGAAUCGUGACGGCAAGAAAGAGACAAAGCAGGGCCAAGCAUACAAAUACAAGUAUUCUCAGAAGCACCGAUCUAAGAGCCGGGAAAGCCGGGAAAGAAAGGCCUAA